AUGAGAGGGUCUGCAGAAGAGUCGUAUUCCCUUCUCCCUUCCUAUUGUUAUGAGUUGGAGCGUACAAAUUCGGAAACUUUGACAUACAUUCAGACUGAUGCAGCCGACCACUUCUUAUAUUUUUUUAUGUCAAUUGGUGCAUGCAUACGAGGAUUUAAGUCGUCAAUGCAGCCCGUGAUUGCUGUUGAUGCUACCCAUUUGAAGUGCAAGUAUAAAGGUGUUUUGUUUGUUGCGACCACAUUUGACGGAAAUCGCAACAUAUAUCCUGUUGCCUUUGGGAUUGGAGAUUUGGAGACCGAUGCAGCAUGGGAGUGGUUUUUGAGAAAAUUACAUUGUGCAAUUGGUGAUUGCUCGAAUCUUGUUGUCAUAUUUGAUCGCAAUGUUAGCAUACAACAUGGGUUGCGUAGAGUUUUUCCUGGGGCAAGCCAUGGUAUUUGCUUUUAUCACUUGAAGGGCAAUAUGAAAGCCUCAUUUCACUUGAAGCAACGGGAUCCGAUAUUGGGGUAUUUUAUAAGGGCAGCGAAGUCUUAUCGUCUAGCGGAGUUCAAUCGUCACUUCUCGAUGAUAAACAAUGAGCGAGUGCGAACUUAUCUACUACGUGCAGGCGUUCAGAAGUGGUCUCGGGCCCACUGUGAUGGACGACGCUAUAAUGUGAUGACAACAAAUAUUGUGGAGUCCAUUAAUUCAGUUCUUCGUUUUGCAAGGAUGCUUCCGGUCCUACACUUGAUCGAUGAAAUCACAAAUUUACUUCUCACUUGGUUUAGUCAACGUCGAGAUUUAGCAAUGAAAUGUCAUUCUACAUUGUGCCCUGAUUUGGGUGAACAGAAGUUAAGGAAGAGGUUAGACGCUGUGUCAAGGAUGAAUGUGGUCAAAAUCAAUGAUGUUGAGUAUAAUGUUCUGGAUGGUGAUUUGAACGGUCUGGUGCACUUGGCAAACCGUAGUUGUACGUGCAGGAAGUUUGACUUGGAGCAACUCCCGUGCAAGCAUGCUAUUGCGGUAUGUCGGCACUUGAAUUUGAACCCCUACUCCUUUGCCUCUUCUUAUUAUACACGAGCUACAUGGGCAGCGGCAUAUGCUGAAUCUAUUUAUCCUGUACCACCUAAAGGCACAUGGGUUAUUCCCGAAUAUUUGAACAAUGUCAAAAUCCUUCCUCCUGUUUGUAAGGUUAUGCCGGGCCGUCGCAAAAUGCAAAGAGUACCUUCCAAAGGAGAGGACUCCCGGCAAAAAAAAUGCUCAAGGUGUGUUGUUCAGUUUGUACCUCAGUUGUCAUCAACUGUGAAGUUCAUGAAUAGGUUCGGUGAUGCUGCAUACAUGGAAGUCCGUCAAUUAAACGGUCAUGUGAAGCAUAUGGAACAAGGUAACAAGUUCCUUGCAAUGAGAGCCUAUUAUUAG